AUGUCACCCCAAGGGGACUAUCUCCCAGUGGCAGGCCCUUCGAUAAAAUCAGGAACUUGCGCUGGCCCUGCAAUGUCAAGGGAGGGGGCUCACCCAGGGCUCCUGUAGCUCAUGGGGCAGGCCUGAGCCCUGAGCCCGCCCUGAGUUCGUCCCAGCCCCUGACGGGGCGCCCCAUCCUGAGGGGCUCCGCACUGGCCCCCACCGAAGCAGGGGACCUGACCGGCUAGGAGAUCGGCUGGAUGUUACAGGCGUGCAAAAUGGAAGGGUUUCCCCUCGUCCCCCCUCAGCCAUCGGAAGACCUGGUUCCCUAUGACACGGACCUGUACCAACGCCAGACGCACGAAUACUACCCCUAUCUCAGCAGUGAUGGAGAAAGCCACAGCGACCAUUACUGGGACUUUCACCCGCACCACGUGCACAGCGAGUUCGAGAGCUUCACCGAGAACCACUUCACGGAGCUGCAGAGCGUGCAGCCCCCCCAGCUGCAGCAGCUCUAUCGCCACAUGGAGCUGGAGCAGAUGCACGUGCUCGACACCCCCAUGGCGACGGCCCACGCGGGCAUCGGCCACCAGCGCCAACGGCGGCCGGAGCCCCAACGGCUGCCUCCUGACCCUCUGACUGACCUCGUGACCCCACACCCUUAUCUCCUCCGGCUCCGCGAUGGACAGAGCUCCGAUAAUUCCCACCCUCCAGUCUCCUACCUACCCCGGAUGUGCCUCCCAUACCCCUCCUUGUCCCCGGCACAGCCUAGCUCGGAUGAGGAGGAGGGCGAGAGGCAGAGCCCCCCGCUGGAGGUGUCUGACGGGGAGGCUGAUGGCCUGGAGCCAGGGCCCGGCCUCCUGCAUGGGGAAACAGGCAGCAAAAAGAAGAUCCGCCUGUACCAGUUCCUGCUCGACCUGCUCCGCAGCGGGGACAUGAAGGACAGCAUCUGGUGGGUGGACAAGGACAAGGGCACCUUCCAGUUCUCGUCCAAGCACAAGGAGGCGCUGGCACACCGCUGGGGCAUCCAGAAGGGAAACCGCAAGAAAAUGACCUACCAGAAGAUGGCCCGCGCCCUGCGCAACUAUGGCAAGACGGGUGAGGUCAAGAAGGUCAAGAAAAAGCUCACCUACCAGUUCAGCGGGGAGGUGCUGGGCCGCGGGAGCCUGGCCGAGCGGCGCCACCCGCCCCACUGAGUCCAGGCCCACAGAACCCGCUGGGCCCGCCAGGCCUCCCCGCUGGCCAUAGCAUUAACCCCUCGCCCGGCCCGGACACAGGGAGGCAAGCUCCCAGGGGCCAGGGGCAGGACUGUGGCGGGCCGGGCCUUGACUCACCCGUCCACUCCCUCCUCCAAGCCCGCUACCCACGGCCUCUCCUCACCUCCCACCAGGACUCCAGCCCCAGCUCCAGGGGGCCACCUGGACGUCUGACCUCAGCCAAGGGUCAGCCUUGCUUAGUACAACCUGGGGUGCUUCCUUGGGAGUUCAAAGUCAUCAGAUUUGUAUAAAUUGAACCCUCCUUCUUAAGCGUUUCUCCCUUCCCACACCUCUCCCUCGUUAGCUUCCUCAAGGAACAGUUAUUAAAGUUAUUCUCAGUGAGUCCUCUCGUA